GCUGGUGAGGAGGGGGGCCUUGCACGGGGAAGAGAGGGAGGAAAGUAGAUCUGUAGGAAUUGAGUGAAGAAAAAGUUUGCAAGUCUGGACAGAAGGGAAAAGUUCUCCUGAGAGACCGGCUUUGGGGAGGGGAGGGGGGAAGGAAGAGUAGCUCCUUCUUCUUUUUUUUUCUUCCACUCUUAAAAAGCUUCUUUCUCUUCACCCAAGCCUCACUGUCCCUCUCCGGCUCUAGCUCUCUCCAUAUAAACCCUCAAGAUUAUGUCAAUUGGUUAGAGCCAGCCGGGAAUUUCGUGCGGGUGCUGAAGGAGCUGCGGGAGCCGGAGAAGAAUGAAACUGCGUGGAGUCAGCCUGGCUGCCGGCUUGUUCUUACUGGCCCUGAGUCUUUGGGGGCAGCCUGCAGAGGCUGCGGCUUGCUAUGGGUGUUCUCCAGGAUCAAAGUGUGACUGCAGUGGCAUAAAAGGGGAAAAGGGAGAGAGAGGGUUUCCAGGUUUGGAAGGACACCCAGGAUUGCCUGGAUUUCCAGGUCCAGAAGGGCCUCCAGGGCCUCGGGGACAAAAGGGUGAUGAUGGAAUUCCAGGGCCACCAGGACCAAAAGGAAUCAGAGGUCCUCCUGGACUUCCUGGAUUUCCAGGGACACCAGGUCUUCCUGGAAUGCCAGGCCACGAUGGGGCCCCAGGACCUCAAGGUAUUCCUGGAUGCAAUGGAACCAAGGGAGAACGUGGAUUUCCAGGCAGUCCCGGUUUUCCUGGUUUACAGGGUCCUCCAGGACCCCCUGGGAUCCCAGGUAUGAAGGGUGAACCAGGUAGUAUAAUUAUGUCAUCACUGCCAGGACCAAAGGGUAAUCCAGGAUAUCCAGGUCCUCCUGGAAUACAAGGCCUACCUGGUCCCACUGGUAUACCAGGGCCAAUUGGUCCCCCAGGACCACCAGGUUUGAUGGGCCCUCCUGGUCCACCAGGACUUCCAGGACCUAAGGGGAAUAUGGGCUUAAAUUUCCAGGGACCCAAAGGUGAAAAAGGUGAGCAAGGUCUUCAGGGCCCACCUGGGCCACCUGGGCAGAUCAGUGAACAGAAAAGACCAAUUGAUGUAGAGUUUCAGAAAGGAGAUCAGGGACUUCCUGGUGACCGAGGGCCUCCUGGACCUCCAGGGAUACGUGGUCCUCCAGGUCCCCCAGGUGGUGAGAAAGGUGAGAAGGGUGAGCAAGGAGAGCCAGGCAAAAGAGGUAAACCAGGCAAAGAUGGAGAAAAUGGCCAACCAGGAAUUCCUGGUUUGCCUGGUGAUCCUGGUUACCCUGGUGAACCCGGAAGGGAUGGUGAAAAGGGCCAAAAAGGUGACACUGGCCCACCUGGACCUCCUGGACUUGUAAUUCCUAGACCUGGGACUGGUAUAACUAUAGGAGAAAAAGGAAACAUUGGGUUGCCUGGCUUGCCUGGAGAAAAAGGAGAGCGAGGAUUUCCUGGAAUACAGGGUCCACCUGGCCUUCCUGGACCUCCAGGGGCUGCAGUUAUGGGUCCUCCUGGCCCUCCUGGAUUUCCUGGAGAAAGGGGUCAGAAAGGUGAUGAAGGACCACCUGGAAUUUCCAUUCCUGGACCUCCUGGACUUGAUGGACAGCCUGGGGCUCCUGGGCUUCCAGGGCCUCCUGGCCCUGCUGGCCCUCACAUCCCUCCUAGUGAUGAGAUAUGUGAACCAGGCCCUCCAGGCCCCCCAGGAUCUCCAGGUGAUAAAGGACUCCAAGGAGAACAAGGAGUGAAAGGUGACAAAGGUGACACUUGCUUCAACUGCAUUGGAACUGGUAUUUCAGGGCCUCCAGGUCAACCUGGUUUGCCAGGUCUCCCAGGUCCUCCAGGAUCUCUUGGUUUCCCUGGACAGAAAGGGGAAAAAGGACAAGCUGGUGCAACUGGUCCCAAAGGAUUACCAGGCAUUCCAGGAGCUCCAGGUGCUCCAGGCUUUCCUGGAUCUAAAGGUGAACCUGGUGAUAUCCUCACUUUUCCAGGAAUGAAGGGUGACAAAGGAGAGUUGGGUUCCCCUGGAGCUCCAGGGCUUCCUGGUUUACCUGGCACUCCUGGACAGGAUGGAUUGCCAGGGCUUCCUGGCCCGAAAGGAGAGCCUGGUGGAAUUACUUUUAAGGGUGAAAGAGGUCCCCCUGGGAACCCAGGUUUACCAGGCCUCCCAGGGAAUAUAGGGCCUAUGGGUCCCCCUGGUUUCGGCCCUCCAGGCCCAGUAGGUGAAAAAGGCAUACAAGGUGUGGCAGGAAAUCCAGGCCAGCCAGGAAUACCAGGUCCUAAAGGGGAUCCAGGUCAGACUAUAACCCAGCCGGGGAAGCCUGGCUUGCCUGGUAACCCAGGCAGAGAUGGUGACGUAGGUCUUCCAGGUGACCCUGGACUCCCAGGGCAACCAGGCUUGCCAGGGAUACCUGGUAGCAAAGGAGAACCAGGUAUCCCUGGAAUUGGGCUUCCUGGACCACCUGGUCCCAAAGGCUUUCCUGGAAUUCCAGGACCUCCAGGAGCACCUGGGACACCUGGAAGAAUUGGUCUAGAAGGCCCUCCUGGGCCACCCGGCUUUCCAGGACCAAAGGGUGAACCAGGAUUUGCAUUACCUGGGCCACCUGGGCCACCAGGACUUCCAGGUUUCAAAGGAACACUUGGUCCAAAAGGUGAUCGUGGUUUCCCAGGACCUCCAGGUCCUCCAGGACGCACUGGCUUAGAUGGGCUCCCUGGACCAAAAGGUGAUGUUGGACCAAAUGGACAACCUGGACCAAUGGGACCUCCUGGGCUGCCAGGAAUAGGUGUUCAGGGACCACCAGGACCACCAGGGAUUCCUGGGCCAAUAGGUCAACCUGGUUUACAUGGAAUACCAGGAGAGAAGGGGGAUCCAGGACCUCCUGGACUUGAUGUUCCAGGACCCCCAGGUGAAAGAGGCAGUCCAGGGAUCCCCGGAGCACCUGGUCCUAUAGGACCUCCAGGAUCACCAGGGCUUCCAGGAAAAGCAGGUGCCUCUGGAUUUCCAGGUACCAAAGGUGAAAUGGGUAUGAUGGGACCUCCAGGCCCACCAGGACCUUUGGGAAUUCCUGGCAGGAGUGGUGUACCUGGUCUUAAAGGUGAUGAUGGCUUGCAGGGUCAGCCAGGACUUCCUGGCCCUGCAGGAGAAAAAGGUAGUAAAGGAGAGCCUGGCCUUCCAGGCCCUCCUGGACCAAUGGAUCCAAAUCUUCUGGGCUCAAAAGGAGAGAAGGGGGAACCUGGCUUACCAGGUAUACCUGGAGUUUCAGGGCCAAAAGGUUAUCAGGGUUUGCCUGGAGACCCAGGGCAACCUGGACUGAGUGGACAACCUGGAUUACCAGGACCACCAGGUCCCAAAGGUAACCCUGGUCUCCCUGGACAGCCAGGUCUUAUAGGACCUCCUGGACUUAAAGGAACCAUCGGUGAUAUGGGUUUUCCAGGGCCUCAGGGUGUGGAAGGGCCUCCUGGACCUUCUGGAGUUCCUGGACAACCUGGCUCCCCAGGAUUACCUGGACAGAAAGGCGACAAAGGUGAUCCUGGUAUUUCAAGCAUUGGUCUUCCGGGUCUUCCUGGUCCAAAGGGUGAGCCUGGUCUGCCUGGAUACCCAGGGAACCCUGGUAUCAAAGGUUCUGUGGGAGAUCCUGGUUUGCCCGGAUUACCAGGAACCCCUGGAGCAAAAGGACAACCAGGCCUUCCUGGAUUCCCAGGAACCCCAGGCCCUCCUGGACCAAAAGGUAUUAGUGGCCCUCCUGGGAACCCCGGCCUUCCAGGAGAACCUGGUCCUGUAGGUGGUGGAGGUCGUCCUGGGCAACCAGGGCCUCCAGGCGAAAAAGGCAAACCCGGUCAAGAUGGUAUUCCUGGACCAGCUGGACAGAAGGGUGAACCAGGUCAACCAGGCUUUGGAAACCCAGGACCCCCUGGACUUCCAGGACUUUCUGGCCAAAAGGGUGAUGGAGGAUUACCUGGGAUUCCAGGAAAUCCUGGCCUUCCAGGUCCAAAGGGCGAACCAGGCUUUCACGGUUUCCCUGGUGUGCAGGGUCCCCCAGGCCCUCCUGGUUCUCCGGGUCCAGCUCUGGAAGGACCUAAAGGCAACCCUGGGCCCCAAGGUCCUCCUGGGAGACCAGGUCUACCAGGUCCAGAAGGUCCUCCGGGUCUCCCUGGAAAUGGAGGUAUUAAAGGAGAGAAGGGAAAUCCAGGCCAACCUGGGCUACCUGGCUUGCCUGGUUUGAAAGGAGAUCAAGGACCACCAGGACUCCAGGGUAAUCCUGGCCGGCCGGGUCUCAAUGGAAUGAAAGGAGAUCCUGGUCUCCCUGGUGUUCCAGGAUUCCCAGGCAUGAAAGGACCCAGUGGAGUACCUGGAUCAGCUGGCCCUGAGGGGGAACCGGGACUUAUUGGUCCUCCAGGUCCUCCUGGAUUACCUGGUCCUUCAGGACAGAGUAUCAUAAUUAAAGGAGAUGCUGGUCCUCCAGGAAUCCCUGGCCAGCCUGGGCUAAAAGGUCUACCAGGACCCCAAGGACCUCAAGGCUUACCAGGUCCAACUGGCCCUCCAGGAGAUCCUGGACGCAAUGGACUCCCUGGCUUUGAUGGUGCAGGAGGGCGCAAAGGAGACCCAGGUCUGCCAGGACAGCCAGGUACCCGUGGUUUGGAUGGUCCCCCUGGUCCAGAUGGAUUGCAAGGUCCCCCAGGUCCCCCUGGAACCACCUCUGUUGCACAUGGAUUUCUUAUUACACGCCACAGCCAGACAACGGAUGCACCACAAUGCCCGCAGGGAACACUUCAGGUCUAUGAAGGCUUUUCUCUCCUGUAUGUACAAGGAAAUAAAAGAGCCCACGGUCAAGACUUGGGGACGGCUGGCAGCUGCCUUCGUCGCUUUAGUACCAUGCCUUUCAUGUUCUGCAACAUCAAUAAUGUUUGCAACUUUGCUUCAAGAAAUGACUAUUCUUACUGGCUCUCUACCCCAGAGCCCAUGCCAAUGAGCAUGCAACCCCUAAAGGGCCAGAGCAUCCAGCCAUUCAUUAGUCGAUGUGCAGUAUGUGAAGCUCCAGCUGUGGUGAUCGCAGUUCACAGUCAGACGAUCCAGAUUCCCCAUUGUCCUCAGGGAUGGGAUUCUCUGUGGAUUGGUUAUUCCUUCAUGAUGCAUACAAGUGCAGGGGCAGAAGGCUCAGGUCAAGCCCUAGCCUCCCCUGGUUCCUGCUUGGAAGAGUUUCGUUCAGCUCCCUUCAUCGAAUGUCAUGGGAGGGGUACCUGUAACUACUAUGCCAACUCCUACAGCUUUUGGCUGGCAACUGUAGAUGUGUCAGACAUGUUCAGUAAACCUCAGUCAGAAACGCUGAAAGCAGGAGACUUGAGGACACGAAUUAGCCGAUGUCAAGUGUGCAUGAAGAGGACAUAACAUUUUGAAGAAUUCCUUUUGUGUUUUAAAAUGUGAUAUAUAUAUAAAUAUAUAAAAUUCCUAGGAUGCAGUGUCUCAUUGUCCCCAACUUUACUACUGCUGCCGUCAAUGGUGCUACUAUAUAUGACCAAGAUAACAUGCUGACUAGUAACCAUCAAGAUUCAGAUGUACCUCAGCAAUGCGCCAGAGCAAAGUCUCUAUUAUUUUUCUACUAAAGAAAUAAGGAAGUGAAUUUACUUUUUGGGUCCAGAAUGACUUUCUCCAAGAAUUAUAAGAUGAAAAUUAUAUAUUUUGCCCAGUUACUAAAAUGGUACAUUAAAAAUUCAAUUAAGAGAAGAGUCACAUUGAGUAAAAUAAAAGACUGCAGUUUGUGGGAAGAAUUAUUUUUCACGGUGCUACUAAUCCUGCUGUAUCCCGGGUUUUUAAUAUAAAGGUGUUAAGCUUAUUUUGCUUUGUAAGUAAAGAAUGUGUAUAUUGUGAACAGCCUUUUAGCUCAAAAUGUUGAGUCAUUUACAUAUGACAUAGCAUGAAUCACUCUUUACAGAAAAUGUAGGAAACCCUAGAAUACAGACAGCAAUAUUUUAUAUUCAUGUUUAUCAAAGUGAGAGGACUUAUAUUCCUACAUCAAGUUACUACUGAGAGUAAAUUUAUUUUGAGUUUUAUCCCGUAAGUUCUGUUUUGAUUUUUUUUAAAAAACAAACCCUUUUAGUCACUUUAAUCAGAAUUUUAAAUGUUCAUGUUACAUACCAAAUUAUAAUAUCUAAUGGAGCAAUUUGUCUUUUGCUAUAUUCUCCAAGAUUAUCUCUUAAGACCAUAUGCCCCCUGUUUUAAUGUUUCUUACAUCUUGUUUUUACUCAUUUCUGACUGGACAAAGUUCUUCCAAACAAUUCUGAGAAACAAAAACACACACGCAGAAUUAACAAUUCUUUUCCCUGUGCUUCUUAUGUAAGAAUCCUCCUGUGGCCUCUGCUCGUACAAAACUGGGAAACAACACUUGGUUAGUCUCUUUUAAGUUACAAAAAGCCAAUUGAUGUUUCUUAUUCUUUUUAAAUUUUUAAUAUUUUGUUAUAAAUACUCACAGGAUACCUUAUUUCCCUAGCUAUCAUCUUCUCACUUAAUGUUUUUUAAACCCACCAAUAUAAAUUUAAUUAAAGAUAUAUGUUGUAA